GUAUUCGGUGAAUCCGGUUCAAGUGUCCGCGUUUCCCGGUGAAUAUAGGAGUUCGCGUUGCUGCGUGUCCUGCUGCCAGGAGCCGAACUGAACUCAGAUCAGUGAAUAUCUGACUGUCAAACUUUCCCGCACUCGCGGAGCUUCAGCGCGCUCGCUGUCACCCGAUUUCCCUAAUUUAUGGAAGUCACGCCCCUUUAUUUGCAUUUCAUAACAGCGCAGCCGCGCCGCCGGUGUCUGUGAUCGCGCGAUGCUCCGCGGCGGCAGAGCGACCGUCGCCGGAUCCACAUUACCGACAGCACCGGAGCGCGGCGCUUCUGGACCAGCUGGUGACGCUUUCCAGCUCCGAGCUGCGAUUGGUCGCUGAGCCCCGGAGGGCGUGUCCUGGGCGACGGCGUGGGUUCGCCUGUGUGACACAAUUACAACAACUUUAAUCUGGCGGCGGACAGUAACUUUCACCUUGUUUUACCGCGUUCGGUGUUUCUGAGAGCGAUCGGCCGCGGAGGCACCGGGCCGCGGAGCGCACUUUAUUCCCACUAAACAAUGUGAGAAACGCGCCACCGGAGGGCCGACUCACUUCGCACGGGGCUUGAGGAACCGACGCGCGGUUUACGAGGGAAAAGUUGGCUUUUAUUGUGGCUUUUGGACGCUCGGAGCUCGCCUGCGCUCCACUGCACGGCGCGGUUCCAUGAAGCCGUGCCGAGUGUCGGUGGCCGCCGCCGCUGCUCGACGCCUCAGCGCUGCUGGUGAUGAGGAGAAGAAAAUGGCGGCGGGAAAAGCGAGUGAACCCGAGGAGGAAUCACCGCGGCUGAGCGCGCAGGAGAGCGACACUCUGGCCCGCGUCGACAGCUCUCUGUUCGGAUAUCAGCGGCUUCAUGAAGAUGGCGCCAGCAUGAAGGCCCUGCUCGUGAAGGCCGUUCGCUGCUACGAGUCUCUCAUCCUGAAAGCUGAAGGGAAAGUGGAUCCUGAGUUCUUCUGCCAGCUGGGUCAUUUCAACCUGUUGCUGGAGGAGUAUCCGAAAGCGUUGUCAGCGUACCAGCGGUACUACAGUUUACAGCCAGACUACUGGAAGAACGCUGCGUUUCUCUACGGCCUCGGGAUGGUGUACUUCCAUUACAAUGCGUUUCAGUGGGCGAUCAAGGCGUUUCAGGAAGUGCUGUACAUCGACCCCGGUUUCUCUCGCGCUAAAGAGAUUCAUCUACGCCUCGGCCUGAUGUUCAAAGUCAACACGGACUACGAGUCCAGCUUAAAGCACUUUCAGCUGGCGCUCAUCGACUCCAGCCGCUGCACUUUGUCCAAAGCGGAGAUUCAGUUCCACAUCGCACACCUGUAUGAGAUUCAGAAGAGACAUCGAGCGGCCAAAGAGGCGUACGAGAGUCUGCUGCAGACGGAGGACCUGCAGACGCCGGUGCGAGCCGCUGCGCUCCAACAGCUGGGCUGGAUGCACCAUACAGUGGAGCAGCUGGGAGAUAAAGCCAACAAGGACAGCUACGCCAUCCAGUGUCUGCAGAAGAGUCUCGAAGCCGACCCAAACUCCGGCCAGUCCUGGUACUUCCUUGGCAGGUGUUACUCCAGUAUUGGGAAGGUCCAGGAUGCCUUCAUCUCCUACAGGCAGUCCAUCGACAAAUCAGAGGCCAGCGCCGACACCUGGUGCUCCAUAGGUGUGCUGUACCAGCAGCAGAACCAGCCCAUGGAUGCGCUGCAGGCCUAUAUCUGCGCGGUGCAGCUGGACCACAGUCACGCCGCCGCCUGGAUGGACCUCGGCACGCUGUACGAGUCCUGCAACCAGCCGCACGACGCCAUCAAGUGCUACAUCAACGCCACACGCAGCAAAUCCUGCAGCAACACUGCUGCGCUCGCCGCACGCAUCAAAUACCUGCAGGCUCAGUUGUGUGAGCUCCAUCACUAUAGUCUGCAGGCUAAAAGUAAAACACUUCCUAGUAUUGAGGAAGCCUGGAGCCUCCCAAUCCCAGCAGAGCUCACGUCCAGACAGGGUGUCCAGAGCACAGGCCCGCAGGCGUGUAAAGCUCAGCCCGGGGCGUCCAGCGGCUCUCAGGCCUCUGCUCCAGCUCUGCCUCCACACAGCACUGCACUGGAGCCAGCCGGAGCCCAGACCAGCCCCGCCCGCAAGAGGAGGAGCUCCAGCCCUGCACAGAGCUCCGCAGAGUCCUGGAGCAGCGGCUCCGCACACACGCCGGUUCCGCACUGGUACCUGACACCGCAGAAGCUGCAGUUGCUGGAGCAGCUGCGGGCCAGCCGGGCCAGUCUGAAACCUGCACAGCUGCAGAUGCUGGAGCAAAUGGAGGCGCAGCUGUCCGCCAUGCACCUCCACCAGCAGCAGAUGAGGCAGAACUCCUGUGGCCAGAUUCGCCCCUCGCUCCCCAAUGGGCCAUCACUGCCGGCCCCCCGCGGCCCUGCGCUACAGACGCUCCCCAACGGCCCCGGGCCCCGCCCCGGCCCUCAGACCCCUGCAGUCCGCAAUAAUCACACGGAGAGCAGAGUGAACGGAGACGUGCCUUACCUGCACCCCAUCACACUACCUCACAACUGCACAAGCCCAGGAGCCGGCCGCAGGAGCCCGCAGCUCCCCCCCGCUCAGGGGCUUCAGAAAGGUCCGGGUUCUCAUUGGGCAGGUCCUAAUGGCAUUCGGUCUGACUCUUCCAGCGGUUCUGCUGAUGGCGGGCCUCAUAAUCAGGUUGUAGAUUCAACGUCUGCGGGUGAUGCGGCGGGCAGCCGUGGGUCUCCCCUGCCCCGCAGGUGUUCCCCCUGCACCCUCCCGCACACAGCUACCUCAGGUGCGCCGCACAGCACCACCCCGACCAAAGAGAGUGCCGCCCUGCAGACCAACGGCUCCACUGCCACCGACACCCACAGCCCGGCCUCACCCCACCGCUCGCCCUCACCUGUACCCGCCACCACCACAGACAAUCCUCCGCUGCCCAAUCUGCAGACUUUGCCCACCACUGCGCCUGCCGCCCCCCUCACCCCUGUGGGCUCUACCUUGCCAGCACUGGGCAGCUCCUCCGCCUCCUCGCCUGCCUCUGCCCUGUCUGCUGCCUCCCCCUCCCCACGCCCCGGCGACCCCAGCACCCCCCACAGGCCCUCGCAGGCCCCGGGCACCGUCAACGGCUGCUCUGAGGACUCCCGAAGCCCGGUAAAGCAGGAGCCAGAGCAGAGCAUCACAUUGGCUGCAGCGCACCGGUCCGCCAGCAUCUCCAUCUACCCCACAUCCACUGACGCACUCAAAGCCUGCAGGAGUCUGGGCAGGAAUGGGCUGUCAAGCUGUAGUCUCCUGCUGAACCGGUGUCCGCCACCGCGGCUCCCUCCGCCUCCUGCACCGCCACUGGAUAAAGACAAACUCAACCCGCCCACGCCCAGCAUAUAUCUGGAGAAUAAACGAGACGCGUUCUUCCCGCCGCUUCACCAGUUCUGCACCAACCCCUCAAACCCUGUGACUGUCAUCCGCGGCCUGGCCGGAGCCCUGAAACUGGAUCUGGGCCUGUUCUCCACCAAGACGCUGGUGGAUGUGAACCCAGAGCACCUGGUGGAAGUGCGCACUCAGCUGAGCCAACCGGCCGACGAGAACUGGGACGCCAGCGGGACGCGUAAGCAGUGGCGCUGCGAAAGCACACGCUCACACACCACCAUCGCCAAAUACGCACAAUACCAGGCGGCGUCCUUCCAGGAGUCACUUCGGGAGGAGAACGAGAAGAAGGGUCAGAAGGAGCUUUCGGACUCUGAGAUGGCGUCUUCGGAAAGUGUGUGCAGGAGGAGGAAGGGCCCCUUCAAACAGGUGAAGUUUGGGACGAACAUCGACGUCUCCGAUGAAAAGAAGUGGAAGCUGCAGCUGCAGGAGCUCAGUAAGUUGCCGGCAUUUGCACGUGUGGUGUCGGCUGGGAAUCUGCUGAGUCACGUGGGCCACAGAAUCUUGGGCAUGAACACAGUGCAGCUCUGCAUGAAGGUGCCGGGCAGCAGGACCGCAGGUCAUCAGGAGCACAACAACUUCUGCGCUGUCAACAUCAACAUCGGGCCAGGCGACUGCGAGUGGUUCGCUGUGCCAGAGCCGUACUGGGGCGUGAUGAGCGAGUUCUGUGAGAGAAACAACAUCAACUUCCUAAAGGGCUCGUGGUGGCCCAAUCUGGAGGAUCUGUACGAGGCUCGGGUCCCGGUGUACCGCUUCAUCCAGCGGCCGGGCGAUCUGGUGUGGCUGAACACGGGCACGGUGCACUGGGGGCAGGCCAUUGGCUGGUGCAACAACAUCUCCUGGAACGUCGGUCCGCUGACGGCGCACCAGUAUAAGCUGGCCGUGGAGCGAUACGAGUGGAACAAACUGCGGAGCGUGAAGUCGAUGGUUCCCAUGGUGCACCUGUCCUGGAACAUGGCCAGGAACAUCAAAGUGGCGGACCAGCGGCUGUUCGAGAUGAUCAAGUUCUGUCUGCUGCGGACGCUGAGGCAGACUCAGAGCAUCAGGGAGUCUCUGCUGUCGGUGGGGAAGGAGAUGCUGUGGCAGCGCAGGAGCCGAGAUGAGCCCGCACACUACUGCAGCGUCUGCGAGGUGGAGGUGUGGAAUCUGCUGUUCGUGUGCGGUGAGGGCUCCCCCUGUAGGCCGGUGGCAGCAGUGCAGUGUCAGGAUUGCGCUCGUAAGGCCAGUGUGGAUCUGCAGGGGUUUGUGGUGCUCCAGCAGUUCCGCAUGGAGGAUCUGACGCAGCUCUAUGAGCAGUUCUCAUUAGCUCCGGCUCUGCACUCGUCUUCAUCCUGACAGUAGACGCUGCGCUGGAGUCUUCAGCUGCACAGGAACUCUUAUCAGCGGACCAUUUCUGAUAUUCAGGACGCUCGCGGUCGUCUGUGGCGUGGCUGGUGACCAUCGACUCCAGCGGCUGUGCGUGUGUGUGUGUGUGUGUGUGUCUAUGCAACCCGUUUAUAAGGCGCAGUGUGUGUGUGUCCGGCCUGCGGGGGCGCCAGUGAGUGACGUCCUUUCUGCUGCUCCUGCUUCGGUCAGAGGGGAUUAUGGGAAACUGGUUUUGUACAUAAUGUCCGUCAUCGUCACUCACAGACUACUGACUCCAGACCUGUGUUUUGUAUUUUAACACGCUGAGUUUUCCUUGCGUCUCGAGGGGUCGUCGAGGAGCGCUAGCCUCGCUUUUGUAAUGGUAGAUAGCGAUUUUAUGACGGCAGAAAUCUCCCAGAACAUUUGUAAUGUGAAGAGUUAGCGGAUAGAGCUCUAAUUUUCUACUGCUUUUAUGUUUGAGCUGUUCCUUAUUUUGACUCGACAUGCUGAGUCCUGAGUCCCGCAGACGGACAGCCAGGGGACGCUUCAGCGCUCGGGUCUCUCCUUCCUCGUUGGUUUCUAAUCCUGUACAUUUACACUAUUUAUAAACACAUAUUUAUUGCUCGCAGAUGUUUGUGGAUGGAAUGCUGUUAUUUUCCCAGAGUUCCUGCCAUUAAAGCUGGAGGAGUGCGUCUGUGAGCGGCUCCUGCGUUUUCUGUCCACAGCUGAAGCGUUGUACAGAGCGGCUGAGUGUUGCUGGAGGAACCAUUAUUAAACACCUUUCAACAUUUC